CCUUUUCUCUACCGCAAAAGGGAGAUAUGACGGAGUACGAUGAUCGCAGCAGCUGCGCGUCAAAUAUGUAUUUGCCAAGUUGCACGUAUUAUGUAUCAGCGCCCGAUUUUUCGUCGGUCUCGUCGUUUUUACCGCAGACUACGUCGUGUCAAGUUAAUUUUCCUUAUUCUUCCAACAUAGCUCAAGUCCAACCUGUUCGGGAAGUGUCUUUCAGGGACUAUGGACUGGAUCACCCGAGCAAAUGGCAUUACAGGGGCAAUUAUGCUUCCUACUACUCGUCGGACGAGAUAAUGCACCGAGAUCUAAUCCAGUCAUCAAACAGAGCGGAAAUGCUAUUUAAAAACGAUUCGUUGUACAGCCACCACAGCGGCACCAACUCGUCCUGCAGUUUCUUCACGAAUGUCGGCAGGAACGGUGUACUUCCUCAAGGAUUUGACCAGUUUUUUGAGUCUGUUAACUCUGAGAAGCCCAGCCCUGAACACUCUAAACAAAAGACAGAGUCCAGUGUCCCCGGAGAUGCCGCAUGUAAUAAACAGUCUUCAGAUACCUCAGAGCAGUCGAAACAAGACCUAACCGAAAACACAGAGGAGGAAUCUUCAAUAUCAAACUGCGGGGAUGACAAGAACAACGGCUCAAGUGCAUCUAAGUCCAGGAAAAAGAGAUGUCCCUAUUCCAAGUACCAGAUCCGAGAACUUGAACGAGAAUUCUUUUUCAAUGUGUACAUCAACAAGGAGAAACGCCUGCAACUGUCGAGAAUGCUUAACCUUACAGACCGGCAAGUGAAGAUUUGGUUCCAGAAUCGACGAAUGAAGGAGAAAAAGCUCAACCGAGAUCGGCUUCAGUAUUUUACUGGAAACCCCUUGUUCUGAGUUAAAACUACUUCAGAUGCAACAGCAGACUCGUGCUCAUGACCUCCAUUAUAAUACCACCAAUAUAGGUGUUGUUGGGAGGCUUCAGUCGUUUGAAAGGAAAGAUAGCCUUUUGCAACCUUAAACCCAAUGCUGUCAACAGGCCGGACUGAUGUGUUUCUUGAAACUAUGCAACGCCUUUGGUAUCACAGUCGUGAAUACAAUACCUCAAACAAGGGAAAUUAUUUAAGACAUUUGUAAAGUCGACGUAUGCAUUAUCCAGUUGAGUGAAAGCAUCCAGGGCAACUCGACAAUCUUUUUUCGUACUUUCUCAUUUAAUGGUGAAUGCCACUGAAAUGUAACCCUCUUGUAUCAAUCGUAUUUAUUUAUUUCAUUUUAAAUGGCUGUUUCAUUGUGAUACCAACCUCAUGAGUAUUGCAGUACGCAACAGAUACUUUGAUUACAGUAAUCAACACGUAAUUUCAUAAUAGUGGAAUUAUGUAUGCAUUAGUUAGACGCAUGUGAUGUAUUAAUGUGUUAAAUAAACCAAAAACACUGCAAACAAUUAGUUCGUUCUGUGCGUCCGUGUACCCCUCCAACUCAUGGUUUUCCAUCAAGACGGUUAUCCUUUAUUUAUAUUUAGAUGGACACAGAAUACCUUUCAGAGCUCUUCUAGACUUUGGUCAGUGUGUGAUGACCAAUGGAAAUGAGUCAGAACGAACAUUUAUAGACCUGCGUUUAGCAAAAAUAACCCCUGGCUGAUGCUAGGCCGUAGCUAAAAGGUAUGCAUUUCGGAGGGCUAUACGCCAAACCAUGAAGCUCUUCAUCAGCUGUAGGCUGGCCAAUAAUAACUACACGAGUACUAUAGUUCCUUUAUUCCUUUUAUGUUGUUUUACACUAAGGGUGUUUACUAAACCUUGAACCGUCUAGACAGACUAAUAAAACCCCAGCUGUAAAUGUCUAAAUUGGGGGCUAUUGGACCCUCUGGUGACUUCAAAUGCGACUCUGUCCAGAAAAGCCACAAAGCGAUGUAGCUAGUUAAUUUUAUGAAACACACACACACACACUGCAAAAUCUCAGAGGAAAAAUAACGAAAAUCUUAUAUUCAAAUCAACUUUUGUUUACCGAGGGAGAGCGAUUCCUGCGCCAUUGAGCUGGAAGCUCAGUGUGGACUCUUCUUUAUCUAAAUUACAGGCCCAAAUUUGGACAUGGAUAAUUGAGUCUAUUUUUAGAAAUUAUAUCAUUAUUAUUACCUAUUGGCAAUUCUAAUGUAUAUGUAUAUAUUAAUGUAAAAUCAAAAUAUUGCAUUUGAACUUCCUUAAUGUCAAGGUCGUCACCCUUAACCUUUUUGAAUAACUAUAGCCGCUGCUUUGGGAAAGACGCCCUCUGAUUAUCUGCACUGCAGCAGGAUCUCAACAUGGCUGCCAUUACUCCUUGCCUUAAAACUGCGUGUUCUUUUUACAGAAACAACUCCGCGUGAAGCUUCAAGACCUGCAAUGACCCAUUCUUAUUGGCAUAAUGGCAUUUGAGUGUACAUGGUAUUCGGAAGACUGUCCUAAAGUGUAUAAGGACGAAUAAGUAGCCAUUUUACAUUUUACGUAGCCAGUUUGGUUUUGAAAAAAUCAGAGGAAUAUCGUGAUAAUCAAGAAAGUAAGAGAAGUAAAUACUGUUGAAAUAGACCUAUUGAUAGCAAAUUAGACGACAUUUUGUCAGAAAGGAAUUAUUUCGAUAUAGCAUUGUGGCAACAUGCAAUCAUGGUGUUUUUGUCCAUCUGAAAUCCAAUGUUCACAAUUAGGUUGAGGAAAAACAGCAUAGGCCUCAUUUUAAUAGUUAGAAACUAUAAACUCAAACAUUUUUAUGUUCUUGCAUACACUUUGCUCGAAGCAUUUGUUACUCAUUACUUGGUCGUGAUGAAUUACCAAACUGGGUUAACCCUAAGUCUUAAUUACCGGUCGUGAACGGAGUUGCACAAUCUUAGCGCAUCUUAAUAAAUGCAUGCAUACGCGUUUUGUGGCUGUAAAAUGAAACAAUUUCCAAAUAGCCUAGAUGUGAUAUUUAAUUUUCAAGAUACUUGUAUAGCUCUGAAUAGAUCAAUGAUGCGGGUUAGCUAUAUUGGUCGGACCGCCUUUCCACAAUUUUCAACAUUUCUAUUUCAGCAUUGUUUUAUAACCAGUCAGGGGUAAUACCUAACUGUUUUAUCCUUAUCUGAAAAUGUUUUUGUAUUUUUUAUUUGAAUAAGCAUGCCCAUUGUUAUCCAUGCACAACUGUCUCAUUUCUCCGUUUUGGACAUUUAAAUAUCAAACCUCUCUUAAGGUGCAAAGACAGUCGUGUUUAACACAUUCUCAAGAUAAUGUUGUAACGGUACGUCCUUGGCCUCAACAAGUUGCAGCGGGUUACAUGCUAUUUAAAGAACAUGCAUUGAACUUAAGCUUGGCCUAUUGUGUUAAUCUGCUGUUACAUACUUUAUCCACAUGAGGGCAGGCGCACAGCAAGUUUUUAGGCUGAAUAUGAAUCUCGGUUGUCACACUGCACUUAACUCUGUUGUUGGUUUCAAAAAGGGAAGAAAAAUAAUUUUACGAAAACUCCCACUGAACUGUUUACAAACGUUGCAGUGGAUAACUUUACUAGUGUUUGUGUUUCUCUGUCUUCAUUAUUCAAAAUAAAAUGCAAGCAGGAUA